AUGAGUAAUGUUUUUGAUAAAAUAAGGAAGCAGAGAUCAAAAGAAUGUAAGGCAACAGACUUUUAUGAGGUGAAAAAUCAAAAUGAUGAUAUAUAUGAAGUAGUCGACGAAGAUGGAUAUAUGGAAAAUAGAAAUUCGCUAAAAAGUUUUAUUGUUGGAGACGACAAAAAUUAUGAUUCAAGCGAUGACGUGAUAUUAGAAACGGUCGACUAUAGCAUGAUCACCAAAAGAAAUGCCGAGAAGGAAAUCAAACCAAAGCGAAACACCCAAAUUGACGACUUCAUUCGUGAAAAAAAAAUUCAAAAAAUAUUUUCUAGCGGAAAAUUAACUAAAGAAGAGAUAUCUAAAACACGGAACAUCGAGAGAAUGAUGGAAGAUAAUUCCACAUCAAGUGACAGUGAUGGACCAUAUGGUAAAAUGAAUAUAAAGAGAAAAACAAGAGACUCUUGUGACUCAUAUUAUAAUAAUAGGCACAUACAAUAUAACAAUAGUAGUAAUAAUAAUAUUUAUGGCAAAAAAAAUAGUCAAACUCAUAAACCUCAAGAAAGUAGUAUGUACACUAAACUCGUUAAAGAUAAUAAAGUUGAUAUAGAUUUGACAAGUGAUAAAAUGAAAAAUAAUUUUUUUAAUUCUGAUGCAGAACAAAAUGAAGAAGAUAAUGGAAAUGCUGAUAAAAAAAGAAAAAGUGAAAUUGUAACUGAUGAGCCAAACAAAAUCGUAAAGACUAUCAGUUCUAACACCACUUUUAAAGACAAUAUUAAACAAGAACAAAAUGUUAAUACUAUAAAUAAAAAUAUAGAAAAUGAAAAUAAUUUAAAAACUUUUAGCCCAGUAGAUAUAGGAAUAGAAAUUGGUGGUGAACACAAACUAGAUGGAACAAAUUUAAAAUAUGAAAAUUUAGAUAAAGACAAUGAAAAUAGUGGAGAUGAAAAAAAUAAUGUAAAUGAAAGUAUAUUAAAAAAUAAAUAUGACGAGUUAAUAAUAAGUGAAGAUACAGGUUAUGUAAAUAUAUAUGUAUUCGAUAUAUGUAAACAUAAAAAUAGUAUUAUAUUAUUUGGUAGAACAUUAACAAAAUUAAAAAGAUAUAAAAGUAUAAGUAUAUAUAUUGAAGAUAUGGAUAGAUGUUAUUACUUUUUAUUAAAUAAAAAUAAAAAAUAUAUAAAAGAUGGAAUUGAAAUUACAUAUGAGCAUGAAAAAUAUAAAAAUUUUAUUAUGCUAGAUUUUGUCUCUGAAUUUAAAAAAAUUAGAGAAUAUCAUAACAUAAAAAUGGCAAAAUAUAAAAUUGUUUCAAGAAAAAAUCUAAACUUAUCAUCAAAUACUGAUGAACUAUAUGCAAAAGUUUUAUAUUCAUAUAACCAUGACAAUAUUAGUGAACAGUUUGCUAAAGGAGAUACUUAUUCAUCUUUUUAUUGUUGCAACGAUGAUAUUGUAGAAAAUUUUAUUAUUAAAAAAAAUAUGAAGAUGCCUUGUUGGAUUAAAGUUAAAGAUUUAAAAAAUAAUUUCUCUAAUAAUAUAACAUAUUGUUAUUUCGAUUGUACUGUUAGUUCAAAGAAAAAUAUAUUUACUUUAGAAAAAUUUUCUGAUAAAAAAUCUAAUGAUCCAUCUAAUGCACCUUCUAAUAAUAUCUCGACCAACAAUUCUACAAAUACCGGUGCAACACCUGAUGAGUCUUUAAAAAAAAUAGACAAUAAUACCCCAACCAAUUUUAUAGACAUCGAUUUAAACAAACUUGUUAUAAAAGUUGUCUCAGUUCUUAAUGAAGAAAAUAAUCAUGAAAUUUUGAGUAUAUGUAGUUUAGUAGAUGCAGAUGGAAUGAAAUAUAUUAAUUUUUUUGGAAUAUGCGUUAAACCAAAUAAAAAAGGACAAACCCCAAAUAUUAACAGCAAUUCAAAUGAUAGCCAAAAUGGAAUAUAUCCAUAUAAUAGAAAUAAUUGUAAAAUAUUUCCUAGUGAAAAAUUAUUAUUACAAGCCUUUUUAAAUAAAAUAAGAACAAUAGAUGUAGAUAUAUACAUAGGAUAUAAUAUUUUAAAUUUUGAUCUCGAAUUUCUAAUACAUAGAUGUCAUGUUAAUCAUAUAGAUCCUGGGUUUUUAAGUAGAAAAAAAAAAUUAAAAAAAACAGACAAAAUGAAAGUAAAUAAAUUUAGUGGGACAAAUAGUACUGGGUCUAUAUAUAAUAUCGUGCAAAAUAUUAAAGGACGGUUAAUAGUUGAUAUAUAUGCAUUAUCUAAAGAUACAAUUAAAUUAACUAGCUAUUCUAUGGAUGAAAUAAUUGAUGGAGUAAGAACAAAGUUUCAAGAGAAAGUGAAACAACAAACAAAUUCAAAUAAUGUAGGAACAUCAAAUAAUAAUUCUACUAACCAAACAAACAAAAAUAAAUCUCGUGAAAAUAUUCCAAAUGUUUUCAAAGAUUUUAUAGUUAAUGAUAUAAAUUUGAUAAAUUGUAGUAACAUACAUCUAUAUGAUUCUGAACAAAUUUUAGAAAAUAAUUUAAAUACAUAUAUAAACAGUCAAAUAUUUAGUAUAUAUGAAAUAUAUAAUGUAUGUAAUAUUUUACAAUUAAUUGAAAAAAGUAGAGACUUAACAAAAUUAAGUGGAUAUAUAUGGUCGAGAAGUUUACUCUCUUACACUAGCGAAUGUGUCGAAUAUUUUCUACUACAUGAAUAUCAUAAAAAAAAAUAUAUCACACCAAUAAUAAUUAAAAAAAAACAAAAAAUAGAAAAUGAUACCAACAAAUCAAAAAAUACAGCAAAAUAUUUAGGAGGUCUAGUUUUAGAACCUCUUUGUGGAUAUUACGAUACAUAUGUACUUUACCUCGAUUUUAAUAGUUUAUACCCAUCUAUAAUUAUAGAAUAUAAUAUAUGCUUUAGCACCUUUAAUAUGAAAAAUUAUUUAGCAUCAUCAGAUUCUACAUCUAAAGAAUUACAAGAAGAAAUCGAAAAAAAAAAUAUAAUAAAUUAUGAUGAGUCAGAUGUAAAUCAAAUAGAUAAUACAGAUGAACCUGUUGGUGAUCUAUCAAAUAUUGAUUAUUUUGAUAAAACAAAACCAGGUAUUUUACCAUCAAUUUUAAAACAAUUAGUUGAAAAAAGAGCAUUUAUUAAAAAAUUAAUUGCAAGUGAAAAAAAUAAAGAAAAAAAAGAAUUACUUCUUGUUCAAUCAUUGUCUAUAAAACUUAUUAGUAAUAGUAUCUAUGGUUGUUUAGGAAAUACACACAAUCGAUUUUAUGCUAAAUAUAUUGCAUCAUAUAUUACACAAAAAGGUAGAAACUUAUUACAACACACCAAAUUUAAAGUUGAAAAGGAGUUUAAUCUUACAGUAAUAUAUGGUGAUACAGAUUCUAUUAUGAUAGACACUGGAAUAAAAUCUUCAGACAUUAAUAAUUAUAAAGAAUCAUUAAAGUUAGCUCAUACUAUAAAAAAUAAUAUAAAUAAAAAUUAUAAAAAAUUAGAAUUAGAUUUAGAAUGUAUUUUUAGUAAACUACUUUUAUUAAAAAAAAAAAAAUAUGCUUGUGCUAAAGUUAUUGAUCCUAAUCUAGGAAAAUAUGAAUAUGAAAUGAAAGGGAUUAAUUUUAUAAAAAGAGAUUUUUGUAAAAUUUCAAAACUUAUUGGAAAUGAAUUAUUAAGAAUCAUUUUCUCAAACAAAGAAUACAAACCUGGUCAGCCAAAUGCAUCCACUUCUUCUCUUAAUCAUGCUGACGAUCUUUCUAUUCAAAACGACCUUUCAGAGCAAAUCCACGAGUACCUUCGCUCCAUCUAUCAUCGCAUCCAAAACGACGAGUUCGAUCUUGACCACUACGUGAUCACCAAGAAACUGACAAAGAACGUCCACGAGUAUCAGGAGAAAAACUCGUUAGGCCAUGUACUGGUAGCAGAACGAAUGAUAAAAGAUGGAUAUAACAUAUGUGUAAAUAAAGAAAUACAAUAUUGUGUAUGUACAAAUGAAGAUGCAUUAAAAUUUUAUAAUAAAGGGAAUGAAAAAUUAAAUAGUUCAUUAUGUUGUUUUAGUAUUAGUGAAAUAAAAAAAUAUAAUUUAAAAAUUGAUAAAGAUUAUUAUAUUCGAAAUCAAAUAUUAUUACCUAUAAAUAGACUUUGUGAAUAUAUUGAAGGAACAAAUGUAGAAAAAAUAUCAUCAUGCUUUAACAUAUAUAAUGUUAAAGAAAUAAAAACAGAAGAACAAAAUGAAGAAUCCUAUUUAGAAACAAAUGUUUUAUCAUUGUUAAGUGAAUCAGAAGAAAGAUUUAAAAAUAUACAUUUAAAAGGUUUUCUUACUUGUCAUAAUUGCUCUCAUAAUAUAAAACCAGUUGUAUUUAUAAAAUAUUUUCGAUGUAAUAAGUGUUUAUCACUUUUAGCAAUCGAGCAAAUAAGAAAUUAUAUUUUUUCAUUUAUAGACCAUUUAUGUUCUACAUUUUAUAAACAAAUGUAUAUAUGCAAUUCAUGCUUAGUAAAAACACGAAGAGUAUUCUUAAAGGACUAUAAUAAUUGCCCAAACCUUAAUUGUGAUAAUCCUAAAAAUGCAUUAAAACCAUUAUUAUCAAAAAAAUAUAUCUAUUCAAUUUUAGAAUAUUUCCUAUACCUUCUAAAAGGAAAUCUACUUGUCAUACCACCCAAGUUACACGAAAAGGGAGAACCCAAAUCGGAGGAUCAAACAGAUACACAAUCUGAGAAUAAAGUAGAUGUAAAAUCUGAAAACAAAACAGAUGCAAAAUCUGGGGAAGAACCCGAGGAAUAUGCAACAGAUGUUAAUGUGUCUGUAUUUAUUAAUGAUGGAUAUAAAACAAACAUAUUAAGUAAAGAUCAACUAGUAAAAAAUAAUAAAAAAAAUGGAUUUAAAAUAGAAUCAUAUGAUAAUAUUUGUAGAAACAAAGAAUUAAAUUUAAGUAUUACUAAAGGUUUACAAAUGAAAUUUCCAAAUAUUUCAAAUUUUAUAACGUAUCUUAAUUUAAAAAAUAAUACAUUUUCUAUCAAUUAUAAUGAUGAAAGAAAUACAAUCAGAGAAUCAAUUCAAAAUAUUAUACAAAACGAUAUAUAUUCUCAAAUAUUCUUCGACAACAUUUUUUCGGUCUUCCACUUAUCCAUUGCUUCUAAAGUUUCCAAGCUAUAG